AUGUCUGGGGACUCGAUGCGGAAAGUCUUGGCACCCAAGGUUGAAGGAUCGAAGAAUCUUGUCAACGUCUUCUACGAUGUUGAUCUCGACUUCUUUGUUCUGUUCUCGUCUGUAGUCUGUGUCUACGGCAAUGCUGGUCAGUCCAACUACUCGGCAGCCAACGGAUUUCUCAACGGUCUUGUAAGACAGAGACGCGGGCGUGGCUUGGCGGCCUCUGCUCUUGCCCUCGGCAUGCUCGCAGGCAUUGGAUAUGCGGAGACCGCAGGCCAGGCUGUCCAGAAACAGCUUGUGAAGAAGGUCGGGCUGCCGCAUGUCUCGAAGUUGGACUUGCGUCAGAUGUUUGCGGAAACCAUUUUGGCCGGCUCUAGAGGAACAGCGGACGUAGUAGUGAUAGCCGGCCUCUGCACCAUCAACGAUGAGCAGGACUUGAGGGGUCCGUGGUUCAGCAACCCUUACUUCUCCCAUAUGAUCGAGGAAAGUAAGAGCGCCGUGUCAGUAGCGGAUAGCCGGGAAAAGACGACUGCUCUCCCCGUCACCCAGCAGCUCGCCAUGACAGCCACCAAGAAAGAAGCCCUGGAUGUCCUGCAAGAAUGUUUUGCGACAGGAUUGCGGGCCAUGUUGCAGCUGGGCGACCAGAAGAUCGAACAUAAUGCUCCUCUCCUCGAGCUUGGCAUUGAUUCAUUGGUUGCUGUUGAGGUCGACAUCCCCGUGUUCAAGGUCGUUGGUGGCGCUUCUCCGAGUGAACUGUGCGAAAAAGCGCCGGAGAAGCUUCCAGAGAAAUUAAUCGCAGCAACGCAGAAGCAACAAGACGUCAUCCGACCCGAGGCUGCAGAGGCUAAACCUCAACCCCAGGCACAGGUACCGGAAAAGGCGCAGAGCUCAUUCGUGGAUCCGGAGUCAAGUUCUGCAUAUGGUGAGAACAGCACGUCAACCCCAUCGCGGCUUUCCACGCCAACUCCAGCGACCACGGUGACUACCCCAUCCGCUUCCGUCUCGGUCGUCGAUACGAAGGAGGCUAAGUCUAAGCUAACACGUUUCGAGCGCCCUGCUAGAAAGUUUCUGAAGAGUGAGCGGAUUUCAUUGCCUCAGUCACAGUUUUGGAUUCUUCGGCACUUGCUUGAAGACCCCACGACUGUGAUAUCCUACCGGAUCGCCAGCAAUAUCCGAGUCGGUGACCUUGAAAGAGCCACCCGUAUUGUCACCAACAGACACGAAGCACUGCGAACAUGUUUCGUGGAGGAUGAGAAGACCGCCGGUGAGGCUCUUCAAAAUGUAUUGCCUACUUCUCCACUACGGCUCGAGCGUAAGAGAAUCGAUUAUGCGGAAAAGGUCGAUGCCGAAUAUACCCAGCUCAGGAGUCAAGUAUUCAAUCUGGAACGCGUCGACGUGAUGAGGCUGGUCCUCCUGACGACAUCGGUAUCGUGUCAUUAUUUGUCGAUCAGCUACCAUCAUAUUGUCAUGGACGGCGCCAGUUUAACGUCUUCCUUUCAGACCUUGAAAGGGCUUUACAACGGUCAAUCUCUCGGGCCGUCGCCCCGGCAGUGCCCCGAAUUCUCGGCGGCUCAGCGACGGGCCCUUGCCAACGGCGAGAUGCGGGAGGAGAUGAAGUACUGGCAGACAGUGUUUCCCGCCGGUGAACAGCCCCCUGUCCUAACUCUUCUGCCUCUGGCAAGGAGCGGCACUAGGGUGGUUAUGAAAGGCUUCGACACCCAUCAGGUGGCCUACCACCUCGAGCCUGCUUUGGUGGCGCAGGUCAAGGCCGUGUUCAAAGCGCAGCGAUCGACACCCUUCUACUUGCACUUAGCCGCUUUCAAGGUCUUGCUAUUCUGCUUUGCCGGCGACGUCAUGAAGGACUUAACUAUUGGCUUUGCUGAUGCCGCCCGCAACGACAGCAGCGUGGAGAGAGGUAUCGGCUUCUUCUUGAACCUCCUGACGCUGCGAUUUUGCCGCCAGCCUGACCAACCCUUUUCCGAAGCGAUUGUCGAAGCCCGCAACACGGCACACGCCGCGCUAGAGAGCUCAUGCUUGCCGUUUGAUGUGUUGCUGACUGAGCUGAAUGUCGCCCGCUCUUCAUUACAUAGUCCCUUCUUCCAAGCCUUUCUCGACUACAGACAGGGUGUUCAAGAACGCCAUCUAUGGGGCAAUUGCCAAGCUGAGCUCCAGAGUGUCCAUCCUGGGAGAACAGCAUACGACAUUACUUUGAAUGUGACGGAUUCAAACGCCACAGACACCUAA